CGGGGCAGCUCCAGCAGGACUUUAACCCCCCCAGCGCUCCUAUAAAAGCUGAGGAGCGGCAGGAGCCGGUCAGACGCUGAAGGAGAGAGUUCCUACGGUUUGCUCUGAAGCUCAAACAUCUGCCGUCAUGAAGCUGCUGGUGCUCCUCGCUCUCGUCUCCGUUUGCAGUGCAAACCUCAUCUGGCCUGACCCCCCCAAGAGCAACUUGGAUGUGGUGAAGGAGGCUUUCUGGGACUACGUUGCCAAGGCGACGCAGACGGCUGAGGACUCACUGCAGCAGAUCCGACAGUCAGAUCUCGGCCAGGAGCUGAACACCAGAAUCUCCCAGAGCACCGACACCGUCAACCAGUACUACGCCUCUCUGCAUGCCCAGGCGGCUCCAGUGGCCCAGGAUGUGAUCAGCCGCAUCACCCAGGAGGCCGAGCAGCUGAAGGUCCGUUUGGAUAAAGAUCUGAGCACCAUGGGCCAGAAGCUGCAGCCCCAGGCAGAGGAGCUGGUGGCACAGCUGCAGACCCGGGUGGAGGAGCUGAAGAGGGAGGUCAGCCCCCUGGCCGAGGCCAUGGACCCCGAGGCGCUGAAGGCCGUCCUGCUGCAGAAAAGCCAGGAGCUGAAGGGCCAGCUGGAGAAGGGUCUGAGCCAGCUGCAGGCCCAGGCCACCCCCUACACCGAGGAGAUGAGGGAGAAGAUGGAGCUGAGCCUGGAGGACUUCCAGAAGAACCUGGUGCCCCUGACCCAAAGUUUUGAGAUCCAGCUGAACCAGAAGGCCCAGGAGAUCCAGCAGAGGCUGCUGCAGAGCGGGGAGGAGCUGAGGGCCAAGCUGGACUCCGGUGCUCAGGACCUGCAGGCCCAGCUGACCGCUCUGUGGGAGUCCUUCACCCAGAAGACCCAGUGAACAGACUUCUGUCCCGCCCAGCCUAUUUAUUUAACCUCCAUCCACCGUCCAGACAAAUGAAAGUUUCACCUGUCAGGAGAUGCUCUUCAGGACAUCCUCCAUCUGCUGUCCUCACAUGAAGAUAGACGUUCCUGAAAACACCAAACUGAACGUCACAAAUGUAGAAAUGCAUCUUCAAGAGAUUAAAGUUGGAUUCUGUAUCUGA